AAACAUAAGUUAGUGUAUUAUAGUGUACAGCGAUUUUAAUUUUAAUCGAUUUGUUUUGAUCACAAAAUGAGCAGUGAAGAUUGGAAGACCAAUAAACACUUUCAUCUGGGCCAUUUGUUUAUGUAUUGCAUGAAGAGGCAACCAGAUGCUGUGUGCCAGAUAGAUGCAGCAACCGGCGAGAGCGAGACGAACGCGUCUGUUUUGUCUCGUUCUAUAGCUGUAGCAAGAUGCUUCAGAAGACUGGGAUACAAAGUGGGGGACGUGAUGUCACUGAGCGGACCUAACAAUAAUAACCUCCAUAUUCCGUAUUAUGCUGCAUUGAUGAACGGCAUGCCUUUUGCUGGAGUGGACCCUACUUAUAAAUACGAUGAACUAGAACAAGCGUUGACAGUGACCAGGCCGCGGAUAUCAUUCUGCAUGAAGGCUGCAUACGACGACCAUAUUCGAGCGAUUCAAAAACUGAACCUCGAUACGAGAGUAGUCACAUUAGACGACGGAGAACAUUCUAUGGCAAAUUUCGUUGAAAAAUACGACUCUAAAGAAGAUAAAGACGAAGACUUUAAACCAGCAAUAUUUGACACCGAGAAGGUAUAUGCGUGGCUGGUGAGCACAAGCGGCACUACGGGCACAUUUAAAGUGGCAGCGAUUGCCCAUAAACCAAUAAUUGAUUUCGUACGAUUGGCUUUUUCCACUUUAUUUUUGAGUAGCAAGAAAGGUGGUAAAACAUUAAAUAUAUCACCAAUUCAGUGGGUCACUUGUGCAGCCAACGCAAUAUAUAUACCAGCGGGCGGAGGCAUUAAGCUGCAGACUUCAGAUCUGUCUAUAGAAAAAAUUAUCGACGUUAUCAAUGAACACAAGCCCCAAUCGGUUAUAACAGGAUCCUCAAUAUUAACGUACAUACUGAAACACGAAAAGAAAUGUGAUUUGACGUGUUUCGACAAUAUUAUAUUAACUGGUGCGAAAGUAUAUAACGAUUUACUGAUUGAAUUAAAGUCUCGAAUGCGGAAAGAUGCACUGAUUCUAGAAGCUUACGGACAAACAGAAAGUUUAGGAGCGAUCCUGAAACCAAAUGUGAAUGGACCAUUGGGAAGUUGCGGGAAACCUACAUCAAUGUUUCAAAUUAAGCUGGUAGAUCCUGAAACUGGAAAGGAAAUAACCGAACCCAACAUUACCGGCGAAAUGUGGAGGAAAGGACCGGGCUUUACAGAGUAUUACAACAACCCAGAAGAAACUGCUAACGCUUAUACCGAAGACGGCUGGUUCAGGACCGGAGACCUUCUGUACAGGGACAAGGAUGACAAUUACUUCUAUGUAGAGAGAAUCAAGACGGUCAUUAAAUAUAGAAGUUAUCUUGUUUAUCCAAUAGAACUGGAGGAGUUGAUACGUACCCUCCCUGGUGUCUUCGAAGUAGGCGUAACGAGCGUGCCGCAUGAGCUCGACGGUGAACAUGCUGUUGCCAUAGUCGUCCGGAAUCCAGGGUCUUCUGUCACUGCGCAGGAGAUAAAGGAUUUGGUCGCCAAUAAAUUAUCCGAAAACAAAUUAUUAAGAGGCGGCGUAGUAUUUGUGGAUCGGCUGCCAUUAACUGCAACCGGGAAAAUAGCGCGUAUGAAACUUCGCGAAAUAGCGUUAAAUGCGAAUAGGGAAUAAGAAUUGUAAACAUUUUAAUUAAAUUACGUACAUAAAUGAA